AUGUGGUGGAUUGCAUCUACAGACCAUUUCGCCUUUAGAGUAUCAGCCAAGUACAAGGAAUCUCACUUAUUAGUUCAUCAACGUCGGCCGACUAAACGUGAAGUAUUGAGUCUUGUGAUGACAAUCUAUGAUCCGCUUGGACUCAUCGGAUUUUACGUGAUAUUUGCGAAAAUAAUCCUACAAGAGAUCUGGAGAUCAGGUUGCGGCUGGGAUGAACGCAUUCCUGAUGAGCAGUUUACAAAGUGGCUUCGAUGGAUUCGUCUUAUUCCAAGAAUUGAAGACAUGCGUCUUCCACGCAACUACACACGCACCGAGUUUGACAGCCCACCUCAAAUAGAACUGCAUACCUUUGUCGAUGCUAGCGAGUCAAGCUAUGCAGCUGUGUGUUACAUGCGUUACUCAGAUGGUAAAAUUGUUGACUGUGCGAUGGUUUCUAGUAAAACUAGAGUCGCACCACUUAAGGUGAUGUCUAUUCCUCGGCUAGAAUUGAAGGCAGCGCUCUUGGGAGCUCGUCUCUCUAAGCUCGUCAGAGAAUCACACUCCAUUUCAAUUGCCACUUCCACAUAUUGGUCCGACUCGCGCACCGUCUUGGCCUGGCUACGAGCUGAUCAUCGCCGAUACAAACAGUUCGUCGCCUUUCGAGUCAGCGAAAUUUUGGAAUUGACUAACGUGGACGAGUGGCGUUGGGUACCAACCGCCGACAAUGUUGCCGAUGAAGCAACAAAAUGGCAUGGAGAUCCCGAUUUUUGUAAUGAAAGCCGUUGGCUAAAGGGACCCGCAUUUUUAAAGUUGAAACUGGGUGAGUGGCCUGCCCAGCAGAAUAUUGUAAAGAGUGAGCUUUCUGAAGAACUUCGCCCGCAGUAUGUGGGCCUCCACCGCGAAUUAGCACAAUCAAAUCUCAUCACUGCCAAUCCUGAAAGAUUUUCUUCGUGGAAUCGUCUUCUCCGUGCCACUGCGCAAGCCAUAAGUUGUGCUCGACGCUGGCUUAGUAUGGUGCGAGGCAGCGAUGUUGUGCGCAACCAGCUCGACUCUGAGGAUCUUUGUAAAGCGGAAAAGCAACUCUGGAAAAAGGCGCAGCUCGACGCUUUCGCUGAUUCAAUAGCUUCGUUAUUGAAGGGAAAACGCAUCGAAAAGCAUAGCGAUAUCUAUAAAUUAUCACCUUACCUUGACGGUGAUAACGUAUUGCGAAUAGACGGGCGAGUAAAAAUGAAUGACAGGAAAGAUCCUGUGUUGCUUCCACGCAAUCAUUACAUUACACGCUUGAUUGUUAACGAGUUUCACAUAAAAUACCAUCAUGGCUGCUUGGAGACUGUCAUCAAUGAAAGGUUAGUCCGCUCUAUAAAGAACGUACUCUAUCGCAUCAUGCACCACACUCAUACAAACGACGAAGUUCUUCGAGCAGCCUUAAUGGAAGCAGAAAUGAUAGUCAACUCGCGUCCACUGACAUACAUCCCAUUGGAUCAUGAGACCGAUGAAGCGCUAACACCCAACCACUUCUUGUUGGGUAGCUCAAGUGGCGUUAAACCAAUUGCUGAACCAGUAACUGAAGGUGUUUUAUUACGACGUAAUUGGCGAUCAUCUCAGCAACUUGCCGACGCCUUCUGGCGGCGUUGGGUCGCGGAGUACCUUCCCAUCAUAACACGAAGAAGAUAUACCAGGGGGGAGUGUUACAAACAGUGUGGCAGCAUCACUACCGAGAGCUUUGCCCUACGACAAAUAAAGCUCAGCGUGAGUCGUUUGGAGAAACUGAACGGCUGA